UCUCGCACCGCCCAGUCGCCCAUCUGCGGCCUCUAGAGUGAUACGGCAGCGGCCGGCCAGCGGAUAGCAGAGCGGGCAGACGGGUGGGCCUGGGCCGUUCUUUGCGAGGAGGAAGGAGUGGGCCACUCUCCCGGCCCCCAGAAGCUCCCCAGCCCCCCGCAGCCCGCCUAGGCCGGCGAAGGGGACGCUGAAGAGCCGCGACGCUCACCCCGGUGCCGCCGCCUUGGCUGCCAUGAUGGAUCGGAAGUGAGCCUCAGGGCAACGGCUGCCGGCGCCGGCGCUUCGAGUCCCGGCUCCCCGGCCGCCACCGCCCGGAGAAGCGCAGUGCGGAGCGGCUGACUGCUGCCCCUCACUGCCCUUGCGACUCCAAGGCCUUCAGCCCCGGCGCGCUCCCUCCUAGACUGAGCGGCGAGGAGUGGCUCCCGGCCGCCGGCCCGGGCUGCGAGAAAGAUGGCGGACCCGGCCGAGUGCAACAUCAAAGUGAUGUGUCGCUUCAGACCUCUCAACGAGUCUGAGGUGAACCGCGGCGACAAGUACGUCGCCAAGUUUCAGGGAGAAGACACGGUCGUGAUCGCGUCCAAGCCUUAUGCAUUUGAUCGGGUGUUCCAGUCAAGCACAUCUCAAGAGCAAGUGUAUAAUGACUGUGCAAAGAAGAUUGUUAAAGAUGUACUUGAAGGAUAUAAUGGAACAAUAUUUGCAUAUGGACAAACAUCCUCUGGGAAGACACACACAAUGGAGGGUAAACUUCAUGAUCCAGAAGGCAUGGGAAUUAUUCCAAGAAUAGUGCAAGAUAUUUUUAAUUAUAUUUACUCCAUGGAUGAAAAUUUGGAAUUUCAUAUUAAGGUUUCAUAUUUUGAAAUAUAUUUGGAUAAGAUAAGGGACCUAUUAGAUGUUUCAAAGACCAACCUUUCAGUUCAUGAAGACAAAAACCGAGUUCCCUAUGUAAAGGGGUGCACAGAACGUUUUGUAUGUAGUCCAGAUGAAGUUAUGGAUACCAUAGAUGAAGGAAAAUCCAACAGACACGUAGCAGUUACAAAUAUGAAUGAACAUAGCUCUAGGAGUCACAGUAUAUUUCUUAUUAAUGUAAAACAAGAGAACACACAAACGGAACAAAAGCUGAGUGGAAAACUUUAUCUGGUUGAUUUAGCUGGUAGUGAAAAGGUUAGUAAAACUGGAGCUGAAGGUGCUGUGCUGGAUGAAGCUAAAAACAUCAACAAGUCACUUUCUGCUCUUGGAAAUGUCAUUUCUGCUUUGGCUGAGGGUAGUACGUAUGUUCCAUAUCGAGAUAGUAAAAUGACAAGGAUCCUUCAAGAUUCAUUAGGUGGCAACUGUAGAACCACUAUUGUAAUAUGCUGCUCUCCGUCAUCAUACAAUGAGUCUGAAACAAAAUCUACACUCCUAUUUGGCCAAAGGUUUGUUGUUAAGAAAGUACAAAGCCUAAAUAUAAAAUUGAAAUUUCGUUUUAGACAUGUCGUUUUUCAUUACCCAUUUUAUUGUCUGAUUUUAGGGGAGACUGUGCCUAUUGAUGAACAGUUUGACAAAGAGAAAGCCAACUUGGAAGCUUUCACAGUGGAUAAAGAUAUUGCUAUUACCAAUGAUAAACCAGCAACCACAAUUGGAGUUUCAGGAAAUUUUACUGAUGCUGAAAGAAGAAAGUGUGAAGAAGAAAUUGCCAAAUUAUACAAACAGCUUGAUGACAAGGAUGAAGAAAUUAACCAGCAAAGUCAACUGGUAGAGAAACUGAAGACACAAAUGUUGGAUCAGGAAGAGCUUUUGGCAUCUACCAGAAGGGAUCAAGACAAUAUGCAAGCUGAGCUGAAUCGCCUUCAAGCAGAAAAUGAUGCCUCUAAAGAAGAAGUGAAAGAAGUUUUACAGGCCCUAGAAGAACUUGCUGUAAAUUAUGAUCAGAAGUCUCAGGAAGUUGAAGACAAAACUAAGGAAUAUGAAUUGCUUAGUGACGAACUGAAUCAGAAAUCGGCAACUUUAGCGAGUAUAGAUGCUGAGCUUCAGAAACUUAAGGAAAUGACCAACCAUCAGAAAAAACGAGCAGCUGAGAUGAUGGCAUCUUUACUAAAAGACCUUGCAGAAAUAGGAAUUGCUGUGGGAAAUAAUGACGUAAAGCAGCCUGAGGGAACUGGCAUGAUAGAUGAAGAGUUCACUGUUGCAAGGCUCUACAUUAGCAAAAUGAAGUCAGAAGUAAAAACCAUGGUGAAACGCUGCAAGCAGUUAGAAAGCACACAAACUGAGAGCAACAAAAAAAUGGAAGAAAAUGAAAAGGAGUUAGCUGCAUGUCAGCUUCGUAUCUCUCAACAUGAAGCCAAAAUCAAGUCAUUGACUGAAUACCUUCAAAAUGUGGAACAAAAGAAAAGACAGCUGGAGGAAUCUGUUGAUUCUCUCAGUGAAGAACUAGUCCAGCUUCGAGCACAAGAGAAAGUCCAUGAAAUGGAAAAGGAGCACUUAAAUAAGGUUCAGACCGCAAAUGAAGUUAAGCAAGCUGUUGAACAGCAGAUCCAAAGCCACAGAGAAACUCAUCAAAAACAAAUCAGUAGUUUGAGAGAUGAAGUAGAAGCAAAAGAAAAACUUAUUACUGAUCUUCAAGACCAAAACCAGAAAAUGAUGUUAGAGCAGGAACGUCUAAGAGUAGAACAUGAGAAGUUGAAAGCUACAGAUCAGGAAAAGAGCAGAAAACUACAUGAGCUUACGGUUAUACAAGAUAGACGAGAACAAGCAAAACAAGACUUGAAGGGUUUGGAAGAGACAGUGGCAAAAGAACUUCAGACUUUACAUAAUCUGCGCAAGCUCUUUGUUCAGGACCUGGCUACCAGAGUUAAAAAGAGUGCCGAGAUUGAUUCUGAUGACACCGGAGGCAGUGCUGCUCAGAAGCAAAAAAUCUCCUUUCUUGAAAAUAAUCUUGAACAGCUCACUAAAGUGCACAAACAGUUGGUACGUGAUAAUGCAGAUCUCCGCUGCGAACUUCCUAAGUUGGAAAAGCGACUCCGAGCUACAGCUGAGAGAGUGAAAGCUUUGGAAUCAGCAUUGAAAGAAGCCAAAGAAAAUGCAUCUCGUGACCGCAAACGCUAUCAGCAAGAAGUAGAUCGCAUAAAGGAAGCAGUCAGGUCAAAGAAUAUGGCCAGAAGAGGGCAUUCUGCACAGAUAGCUAAACCUAUUCGUCCCGGGCAACAUCCAGCAGCUUCUCCAACUCAUCCAAGUGCAAUUCGUGGAGGAGGUGCAUUUGUUCAGAACAGCCAGCCAGUGGCAGUUCGAGGUGGAGGAGGCAAACAAGUGUAAACAUUUAUACAUAUCCACAGGUGUUAAACAGUAAUUGAAGUAUGAAGAGGACAUGGCAUCAAGCAGUCAUUCAAUGACUAUAACCUCUACUCCCUUGGGAUUGUAGAAUUAUAACUUUUUAAAAAAUGCAUAAAUUAUAUCUGGCCUGUACAGCUGUUUCCUAUCUACUCUUCUUGUAAACUCUGCUGCUUCCCAACACAUCUAGAGUGCAAUUUUGGCAUCUUAGGAGGGAAAAAGGACAGUUUACAACUGUGGCCCUAUUUAUUACACAGUUUGUCUAUUGUGUCUUAAAUUUAGUCUUUACUGUGCCAAGCUAACUGUACCCUGUAGGACUGUACUUUUUGUAUUUGUUUUUUAUAUAUGUUUAUUUUUUAACCUCAGUUUAAAUUACCUAGCUGCUACUGCUUGUUUUUCUUUUCCAAUUAAAAUGUCUUCCUUUUUUU